CUUUCUGCUUACUGCCGUUCUGCUCUUCCCUUUUCAGAGGAAACUACUGAACUUGGUAGGAAGACUCCACUGUUCCAUAAUCAUGGCACUCUUUUCUUCACUAACCCCAGUCUUUAUAGCCAUUAUAUGUAUUUUGAUUUGGGUAAUACUAGAGAAGAUUGAUGGAGAGAAGGAAAAAUAUGAGACUAAAAGCAAGCCUCUAUCUCAUCCAGGGGUGGAUGAAGAUUUAAAAGAUGGCACAGACCACCACUUAGAGGAAGAAGAGGUGGAUGAAGAGUGGCAAGGACCUGAGGAAAACGUUGCCCAUGUCCCCUUCUCUGUGGAGCACUACACUGAGGCCGAAAUGAUUAAAAGGUCAAAGUUGUUUUAUGAGCUUCUUAAUAAGAGGCGGUCUGUCAGGUUUCUUAGUGAUGAGCCGGUCCCCAGGGAAGUUAUCGAUAAUGUCAUCAGAACAGCAGGUACUUCACCCAGUGGAGCACACACUGAGCCCUGGACCUUUGUGGUAGUGCAAGAUCCAUAUUUAAAACAUAAGAUUCGUGAGAUUGUAGAAGAAGAAGAAGAAAUCAACUACAAAAAAAGGAUGGGAGACAGAUGGGUUAAUGACCUGAAAAGACUGAGAACAAACUGGAUCAAAGAGUACUUGGACACUGCUCCAUAUCUGAUCCUCAUUUUCAAGCAGGUAUAUGGGUGGCUUCCCAAUGGCAAAAAGAAGACCCACUACUACAAUGAAAUCAGUGUUUCUAUUGCCUGUGGUAUCCUGCUUGCUGCACUGCAGAACGUGGGUCUGUACACAGUGACCUCAACUCCUCUCAACUGUGGCCCCCAACUCCGGGUGCUGCUCCAGCGCCCGGCAAACGAGAAGCUACUGUUGUUGCUCCCUGUUGGCUAUCCCAGGAAAGAUGCUACUGUGCCUGCACUGACUCGAAAGCCGCUGGAAGACAUCAUGGUAGUCAUGUGAGCCCAGUGCCACUAGGAAGAAGCACAUUCCUACUGAUAGCUUGUAAGCAGCAGCCCACUGAAGUUGUCACUGCUGUUUCUGUGUAUCGUCCUCCUAUAUCACUGCUGUUCUGGCAGUUUACACCUGUAUUCCUCUUAGUGCUAGUAGUCUACCAAUAGCAUUGAACAGUCACGCACUGUGCCUUUGGCAGGUGCUAUUAUCAGUGAGACCAGGCAGUUGUUCCAGGAGACAUAUACAAUGGGAUUUAAAUGACCUUCAUCACUUGAUUAUUCUUAUGCAUUGUAGGGAUUAAUCUUUACUUGAACAUAUAUUUUCCUUAUACUUUCAUGAUUACCCAGCUAUUUUCACUUCAGAAUUUUAAUGGAGGUUGUAUUAAAAGAUAUGAAAGGUCAAA